AUGGCGAGCCAAUUGGUGCGUGUCCAGUUGCGGCGCGUCGACAGCUCGACGCCGUGGGGCUUCCGUCUCGACGGCGGCGUCGACGUGGCGCGCAGCCUGAGGCUGCAGCGCGUCACUCCAGGCGGAUUGGCCGAGCGCCACGGCCUCCGGUCGGGCGACAACGUCGUGCGCAUCAACCAAUCGGACACCGGCUGGAUGCGACACGAGGACGCCAAAAUGGAGAUUAUCCGCUCCAGCAACGACAUUGACUUGAUGAUCCGGCGCGACUGUCCCGCGUCGCCGACGCCAACGCCGACGGCGACGGCGACGGCGACGGCGACGUUGAUGCCGAGCGGCGCUUGGCGACCAAAGGUCGUCUCUUGCGUGCAAUUGUCGCCGGGCGGCCGCGCCGGCGACGGCGACGGCUAC